AGAUUUAGCAGGAAUGGCGAUGGAAGCCGCGUAACAACACGUUUUGCGAAUUAUGCCUUCACAGGAUUCUACUUGCUUUACCCAGGGAACCAAACGAAUCUGGAAUGAAAGCGAAGGGAUCGCCUUCUGGAAUGUCCGCCGGUUCAUCUGUUUCCAUUCACCGGGUGCAUGGAUGGGGAAAUCAGAUGUGGUAUACGGGGUCAUAAUGUUCCUCAAUUUUCUACUCGUCCAAAAUGCUUAAUUAUCUAUAUCAAUGCAGACCUUUUGGUCUUCUGAAUCGCUUCAUUUUUAAAAGGCGCGUGGGGUUGGGCAGAUCGUGCGUGGAUCAC